AUGUUUAUAAUCGUAUUUGUGAUCAGUGUAGUGGGAUUUAAUCCGGAUAUUCAAUUCACAAAUGAAUAAGAAAUUUCCAUGUUCCCAACAAUAGGAGAAAAUUAUGAAUUUUAUUUGAGCUACCUUAAGGAGCCAUAAUUAACAUGUAAACUGCACCCUUAAAUUCCAAAUGUUAAAUUAUUGAAUUAAUGCGAAGAAAUAUAAAGAGAAAAAGGGAAUCAAUUUAUAUCAAUGUCUUCAAAUUAUACACAUUUUAGUACUUUGGCCAAAUAAAAUGAAAUAACCUUAUAUCAAUGGAAGAAUUCAAAAUUUCAAUAAGUAGGGGAAUCUUUGACGAUUGAUGCUUCAUUUAACUGUUUUAACAUCAAUUUGUCUGAAAAUUUCGCUAUUUUAGUAGAUUGCUAUUAGAACAAGUAAUUCUUUUUGAUUCAAUUUAUUGAUGGAUAGUAAAUCAUUGCUUAUAAAAUAUAAUCAACUGUACCAACUUCAACGAAAAUAUAAUCUAUUGUAAAUGGAACAAAUGCUUUUAUAGUAUAUGCCUAAUAUUUUAAGAAAUAUUCAAUAAUUUCUCUACUUACAUCAUAAUUUUAAAAUUCAAGCAGUUUAAAUAAUUAAUUUGUGGAUUUUGAUAUACCAAAUACAAUUAGUCCUAAUAUUUAUGCAAUUACUAGUUCAGAGAUUUACUAAUUAUAAAUUUCUCCAGAUUCUCAAUAUUAUAUUCAAUAUCAAUUUAGUUAGUCAAGUAUGAAUAAUUUCAAUGCUAUCAGUGCUUUUUAUAACAUAUGGACUUAUUCUUAAUGUGACCAAAUAUAAUUAUCAUAUCUGUACCAUUCAAAGUCAAUGACAGCUCCAUUAUUGGGAUGUGAGAAGAUCAUAAUAAAGAUUGGUAUUGGGAUACCAACUUAAUCUGGCUAGCCCAUUUAAAAGAUGCUCUAAAGUGAAUAGUUUAUAGUUUAUCAAUCCUUGGAUACAAUAAUGAUUUCAUAAUAAAAAACAAAAGAACAUUUUUCAUAUCGUCUUAAUCAUUCAAACAAUUCUCUAUUAUAUUUCAAUCAAGAUAAUGAAUUAUUUUCAUUUAAUUCAGAUAUAAUUGUUUAUAAAAUUACACGUCCAAUCAUAUAAGUAAAUUUAACUAAUUUAUAAGUUGCAGGUAAUAACUAUACCUUUAAAUUGAUAUGCAAAAGUCUACAAUAAGGAAAUUGCACUUAUACCUACUCUAAUUUUUAUCUCUAAGUAUUACCUGAGAAUGAUACUAAUAUCUAUGUAAUGUUUAAUUAAGACUAUCCAUAAUAUUAGACUUCACUUAAUUACUCAGCCUAUAAUUAUUUCAAUAGUUUUUCAGGAUAAUUAUUACAUUACGCAUAAAACCAAAAUGAACCCUAUUUUUAUCUUUAAAAAAUUACUUUUUAAAAUGUAGGAAAAGUCAUCUAAAAUUAUCAUUUGGCAUAAAUAUUUUCGAUAAAUUAUCCUUUUGUUGAAAAAUAAUAUUUAAUAGGAUAUGACAAUGAGACACUAAAUUUUGUGUAUUGUUAUUACAGUAAUUAAAAUAAUUCCUACUACUUUACUACUUUGACUUCUAUUAACAUAUCUGUAAAUGCAAAGUCUUUAAAACUUGCUUAUAGCAUUGAACCUACGAUGAUUAUAAGUGGACUAAAUACUAAUGAUACAAUUUAUUUGUUUUAAUCUUAGAAUAAUAGUAAUAUUUAUGACAUUACUUUGUCUAAUUAUACUUUUGAUUAAUAAUUCUAGGAUUUUGUAAUUACUUAUAAUAGUAUUAUAAUUCUAAUUUUAAACCAAGAAAUUAACAUAAUGACAUUAAAUUUUACAAAUACCUUUUCUUUAAAUUAAGAGUCAAUUAAUAAUUUAUUCGAAAACAUUCAAUUUAAUCCUAUAUAAAUUGCUGUAAAUGCACAAUUAUAAUCAUCAUUAUUAUAUAUAAACAAUAUUAAUGAAGUCAUCAUCUUUUCAAUAGACUAAAAUUGUUUUCCAAUACCAAUAUCCUUGAUUCAAGUUGACUUCAAAAUCAAAUAGAUAAAUUUAGUAAACUAAUUAUUGAUAUUAUCAUAUACCUGCAAUAAAGGACAGAAUAUUUGCUUCUCAGUUUGGAAUGUGGAAAAUUUACCAAAUUACUAUUAUUAAACACAUCUUUAAUGGGUAUAAUUCGAUAAUAACAUAAUAAUCUAAUCUGAUAAUUUGUUCUUUUAUGUUAAUUUUAGUAAUUACACUGUUUAUGUGUAUAAUCCUUAAUUACCAUAUCAUAUGAGUUUAUAUUACAUGUUAUAAUUGACAUCCCCAAUACAAUGUAGUGAAUCUUUUUAUUUAAGUCUAAAGCAGUAAGAGACAAAAUCAAUAGUAAUCUCUAAUAGCAAUGUUUAUUUUCUUCUUGUGGUUUAAGGCUUUAGUCUAACUUCUUAAGAGUACAAUUAUGAAUUUAACAAUUCAAUAAGCUACCCAUUAUUUAUUUACAACUUUACAGUAACUUCAGCAUAAAAUGAAACAUCCUCUUAUUAGACUCCUAAUCAAAGUAUUACUUCAUAUUCAAAUUUCACAGUAUUUCAGAAUUAAAGUAACAUCUCAAUCCAACUAACUCAAGAUUACAUAAUCCCUGAAUCUAAGAAUUUCACAUAUCCGAUGAAUUUAAUUCUUGAUAGAUAAGUCUCAUGUUGCUAAAUCAUAAACAUUGAUCAAAAAAAUGAGGAAGCCUAAUAUUGCAAAUUAACUCCAUUAUCAUAUAAUUCUACUAAAAUUUUAAAUUUCCAGAAUUACUCCUUAAUCACUUCAAUAAACAACGAAUUUUUUGCUUUACAGAAUUGCUCUUACAUUUAAACUAUAACUAGUGAUUUAGACAAUAAAUUUAACUUAAAUUAUGAAUAUCUAAACUUGAGUGAGUGUUUAAAAUCAACAUGCAUAUAAAUAUAACUUAUUUUCCAUUUGUCAAAAUAGUACUUCAUAAUAUUUACUAAGUUUUACUAUUAAAUGCUGAUGGUGAGAUAAUUAAUCUGA